UAUUAAUAUAUUAUAAUUUAUUAUUAUAAGAAAUUUUAUUAAAAAUUGAACAUUACAAAAUCGCAAAAAAACGUCAUUUUGAUGUCAAAAUGACGACAAAUGUUAGCUAUUUGGAAAAAUUAUUGCUACAUCAAAAUUUAAUUUUGACAAGGUGAUUUAUUAUAAUUAUGUAAUAUAACGUCGUUUAUUAGUAUAGAAGUUAUAUUACAACUUUUAUAAAUCCUACGGAUGUCUAAUUAUUUACAUUAUUUGCGUCAGCAUCAAAAUAGAUUGAAAUCUAUUUAUUUACCAGUAUUUUAUUAGCAUAGAAGUUGUAAUGCAACUUCUAUACUAAUCAUUUGCAUCAGCAUUCCCGGGUAUAUUCAAAUGUAUAAUUCAACAGAAUAUAUACAGAAGACGGAUAGUCAAACUUGUUUAUCCAAUAAAUUAUUUUAUCAGUAUUUUAUUAGUAUUAAAAGUUGUAAUAAAACUUCCCAUAUUAAUAAAAUACUGAUAAAUUAAUUGAUAGAUUUUUAUUUAUUUUGUUGCGGAUUUUAACGCUGACGCAAAUAAAGAAUGUAGAAUGGCUUCGUAAAAUUUCCGUCUCGCUCUUCGUUUCGAUGGCGAACCGGGUACGAGAAUCACGGGAUACGACUUAGGACCUCGAGGAAGCGUUCAUAAAGUAUUGCGUUAAACAUCCGUAGGAUUUACAUAAGUAACUGCAUCCUUCAUAAAACUAAACUCGCCUAUGUGCAGUAAUGAAUAGUUUCUCUUAGUGACAGUAUUUCGCGGUAUUUCACAUCGGCGUUAAAUUAAGCAAUGCAUUUUGCAUGUCCGCUUUCAUUGCCUACGCUUCCAGAAAAGUUCCGUGAACAAAUGACGAGAUGUUUGCACUUAACGACGAUGUUUCGUAGUACAAUCCGUUCAGCGGUAGUCCGUUUCCCGUGAUCGGGCAAAAUUAAAAUCAAAAUCACGUCAAUUCGUCAACGGGAUUGAUUAAUUCGAAACAUGGAUUAAUUAGAAACAAUCAACCGAGAAAUCGCAAUGACGUGACCGAAUGGAUUAUGGAGCUUCCGUUGUCAUCAUUAAACAUUCUCUACAGUGAUCUCCGUUUUGUUAUUGUUGAUUCAUUCAUUGAAUAUCCAAAAUCUUUAAGUUGUAUGGACUGCACCAUCAACGUGGCUAAUCUAAAAUUGCAAAACUGAGAAAUUCAAAAUUUCCAGAAAGAAAAACGAGUAUAUAUACAGAUUUAAGCGAUAAGAAUUAUUGAUACCAUGAUGAUUCAAAUAAUGAUGAAGGUGAUAAUAAAGUACGGUUUAUUUCUUCUCCGUUGUUUGCUCGGGCCGUUCUUCAAACUGCGAGGUUUGAAGAAGAGACGGCGAUGCCCGCCGAUCGAGGAUCGAAUUUUGCUACUGUCGGCGACGGAAAUUGCGCAGAAAAUCCGUAAAAGAGAAAUCAGCUCCGAGGAAGUGAUCGUCGCGUACGUGAAGCGAUGCAGACAAGUGAAUCCGUCGAUCAACGCUAUCGUAGAGGAUCGUUUCGACGCGGCGAUUCAAGAGGCACGUGAAAUCGAUAGUUUCCUGCAGUCGACGACCAAAGACGAGGCGAAAAUCGCGAGCGAAAGACCGCUACUCGGGCUGCCUGUCACGGUUAAGGAAAGUAUUGCUGUUCAAGGGAUGAGUUAUUCUGUGGGAGUGAAAGAUACUCCUUCGAGGGCGACAGAAGACGCCGACGUUGUGGCGAGGAUCCGCGAGGCCGGUGGGAUUCCUCUUCUCGUCAGCAAUACUCCGGAGCUAUGCAUGUGGUGGCACACAUUCAACAAAGUGACUGGCACGACCAGGAAUCCUUAUGACACACGGAGGACCGCCGGCGGCUCUUCCGGUGGCGAGGCGGCUCUUGUCAGCGCUGGCGCCUCGCUUCUGAGCCUGGUUUCCGAUAUCGGUGGAUCGGCCAGGCUACCGGCGUUGUUUUGCGGCGUUUUUGGCCAUAAACCCACACCAAAUUGGAUAUCAGUAGAAGGUCACAAACCAAGCUCAAAUGAUGUAAAUUGGCCUUCAUUUUUCGCGAUCGGUUCAAUGGUCAGAUACGCCUCGGAUCUGCCUCUGUUAUUAUCAGUGAUGUCACAAUUGGAUGAAGCCAAGAUAACCUAUAACAAAAAGGUAUCUCUAAAGGACAUAAAGUUUUUCUAUAUGGAUAAUUGCGGUCCGUAUCCUAGUUCCAUGACAGCUGAUGUAAAAGACGCAAUUUAUAAGCUGAUAAGACACUUGGAUGCAAUAGACGGUAUUAAAGUGCAAAAAGCAAACGUGGAAGAUAUGAAACGAUCUUUUGAAUUAAGCAUGAUCAUUCUUCUCAGGAUCAAAGACGUAUAUUCGGUUUUUAAUCGAUGGGAUGAUCCUAAGAAAUCGAAGAAUGUGUUGAAGGAAACACUGAAAUUUUUUUCCUUUAUGUCGCUGCACACCUUUCCAAUGAUUGCUUACGGGAUAAUCAACAACAUUGGCAAAAAAAUGCCAGUCUCUAGGUACAAUGAAAUGAUGGAGAUAAGGACCCGAUUGAGAAAGCAAUUUGAGGAGCUGCUGGGUGAUAACGGCGUAUUAAUUUGUCCAUCCUUUGUGUCAUCGGCGUAUUAUCCUUUAGAGAGUUUCUACAACAUAAACAAUUACACAUACAUGAUGAUCUUCAACGUGCUGGGAUUUCCGGUCACGCAGUGUCCACUUGGCUUCGACAAAAAUCAAAUGCCGAUUGGGCUUCAGAUCGUCGCGAAUCCGGGCUGCGAUCAUUUGACGAUUGCUGUUGCGCAAGAAAUCGAAAGGACGUUCGGCGGCUGGCAAGAAUCACAAGUCAGAAGAGUUGUGUGACGUAGCGGCACAAUUUCGAUGAUACAGACGUCGAACUCGUCUGCAAUUGAAGUCGAGAAUCUAGCAUAAUUUUUAAAAGAUAGAAAUUAAAUUUAUAUAUCGUGUCGAAAUUUACAAGAGAUCAAGUUCAAUUAAGAUUUAUAACAACGAAAGAACCUUGAGUUUGUGUGUAUUAUCAGUUUCAACUGCGUUUUUGCCCAAUAGCACGAAUUUGAAACUGGUAUUAAUUUCAAACAAACUUUCGAAUAAUUUUCGAAUAUUUGUAAAUUUUACCUAACAUGACACGAUAGACUUUUCGAAGGACUUUAAUGGAAAUUUGUUACCUCGCUACCGAUUUAAUGCAUAUAUUUUCGUACGAAU